UCGACCACUCCUACACGACGACGCCAUCUCUUUCUCAUGGUGAUUUGGAUUUCGAUCCGAGGCCGGAUCUUCCUCAAGUGGAGGCUCCUCCCAUGGUGAAAGAUCGGGCUAUAGGAUUCCUACCCUACAUCACAUUUGGUACAGCGGAGGCUCCUCUCAGUCGCGCACCUCUCGCCACUCCCACUCCACCAGCGCGAACACGAAGGCCGUGCCAGUCCCAUGGCUCGCCUCUGCUACACCACGCCCAUGCCGCACCUCCGCCGCUGCUGCUCCUCUUCCACCUCGCCGCCUUCACGCCACUGGGACCCCCGACCCGCCUUUGCCGCGGCCACGGAGCGCGUCCGCGCCGGGACGCUCAACCCUGAAGACGCACACCACCUGUUUGACGAAUUGCUACUGCGGGCCAACCCCAUCCCCGAGCGUUCCUUCAACGACUUCCUUGCCGCGCUCGCCCGGGCUCUGUCCUCCGCUGCUCUCAGAGAUGGACACUCCCUUGCUCUCGGCAUCUUCAACCGCGUCUGCCGAGAAGAAGCAGGGCCGUGCGUGACGCCAUCCACAGUCUGCACCUACAACAUCCUCAUGGACAGUUGCUGUCGUGCAUGCCACCCGAACCUAGGCCCUGCUUUCUUCGGCCGCUUCCUCAGGACGGGCCUCAAGGCAGACCAGAUCAUCGCCAUCAACCUCCUCAAGUGCCUCUGCCACGCAAAACGGAAGGAUGAGGCUGUCAACAUGCUGCUUCAUAGGAUGUCUGAGUUCGGUUGUGUGCCUGAUGCCAUCUCAUACUCCAUAGUACUUAAGAGCUUAUGUGACGAUAGCAGGAGCCAGCAAGCGCUCGAUCUGCUCCAGAUGGUAAGGAAAGGAGGUGCCUGCUCCCUCGAUGUGGUGGCAUAUAGCACAGUCAUCCGCAGCUUCUUUAAGGAGGGUGAAGUAAGUAAGGCAUGCAAUCUAUUCCAUGAAAUGGUGCAACAAGGGAUUGUGCCUAAUGUGGUGACAUAUAGCUUGAUUAUUGAUGCCUUGUGCAAGGUCAGGGCAAUGGACAAGGCAAAGCUGGUCCUUCAGCAGAUGGUUGAUAAUGGUGUUCGACCAAAUAUGUAUACAUGCAUGGAACUCAUUCAUGUACUCCCUUUGCAAGAAUGGAGGAAGCAAAGAAGCUGCAGAAUUUUUUGACUCCAUGACCUCCAAGGGCCUCAAACCUAAUAUCGUCGUGUACUCUACUCUUCUUCACGGGAACAAAGAGUGAGUCCUAAUGUAUUCACCUAUGCAAUUGUAACAGCUGCACUUUGCAGAAUGGGCAGGCUGUCUGAUGCAAUGGACAAACUAAAUGAGAUGAUUGCAAUGGGAUUACAACCGAACAAGGUUGUUUAUCAUUCUCUAAUUCAGGGUUUUUGUACACAUGGUGAUUUGGUGAAAGCAAAGGCCUUGGUUUCUGAAAUGAUGAACAAAGGUAUUCCUCGUCCAAACAUUGUGUUCUUCAGCUCAGUAAUAAACAGUCUAUGCAAGGAAGGAAGGGUUACCGAGGCACACGAUAUCUUCGACUUGGCUAUAAACAUUGGCGAGAGGCCUAACGUUAUUACAUUUAGUUCACUGAUUGACGGAUAUUGUUUAGCCGGGAAGAUGGAUAAAGCAUUCGGAGUACUAGAUGCUAACACUUUUGAGUAUUUCAAGGAAAAUAUGUGCAAGAGAAUAAGUAGAUGGAAGUAGAAAAGUCUCUCUAAAGCAGGAAAGAAAAUCUUGGUGAAAGCGGUAGCACAAGCAAUGUCUGACUUACACCAUGCCAUGUUUUUGAUCUAAUAAAAAGCUUUUGUGAUCAGCUUAGCACUAUGAUAGAAACAUACUAGGGGUGCCAGCAAGAGCAUGAGCUUUAAAUUCUUUGGCUUAGUUGGCGAAAAAUGUCAAGGCCAAAAGAAAGUGGAUGCCUUGGCUUUUGUCUCUCCAGCUCUUCAACAUUACCAUGCUAGCUAGAAAAGGAUGACAGUUACUGCAGGCAACAGAGUUUCCUAUGGGCGUUCCUUUCCAAAACACACAUGUUCUACAUGGAGACUCAACCUAGGGUAUAUGUCGUACAGCUGGCUAAGUAUUCUGAAUGGUUGCAACCAACUCCUGGUUGCCACUUUAUGCUCACCUAGGUCGGUGUAGAUUGGCACAGGAUGCUCUGCUUCCUUGUCGGUGCCCUCCAUGAUCACCCUGCAAAAUUUCAGAGGAAAAGCAUGUCAGAGAGGCUAGACUUAUCGUUGAUUCAAUGUUGUCAGGUAACAUGUUGUUUAUCCUUUGUGUUUUGGCUUGGCUAGGUGGAUGCACGUGCCCUCCUACUGUUUAAAAGAAGGAAGGUGUAUGGUCUAUAUAGAUCAGAGCCCUUACAUUUAAAGAAAAAUUAGGCUUCAGUGCAAAUUUAUGCUAGAUACUCAAUAAGCAUAAAAAUAAUAAAUUACAGCCACAGCUAGCUGAAACUCUCCAGCAUUUCUAGGUUCAUGAGCUUGAUGAUUAGUUGUUUGACUCUUUUUAUUGGCAACCAAGAAGUGCAUGUAGUUCUCUCUUCCAACAAACUUACAUCUGGGCCCCAUGCACAUGUUACCGGAGUGGCCGUUACAGCUAUAUGCCAACCCCCAACAUACACACUCAGAGAAUUGAUUUUCAUUUCACAUUGCCUAAGUGACUUUAACCUCCGAAUAGUCACUCUUAAGAAAAGUUCUUGAUUGUGGCCGGUUCAGUCAACGAAUCAGGACUAUACAAUGAACAACACCUAUGACUAAGAUCAAUAAUAUAAUGCUGUGCCUCGGUAGUAUGGAGAUGGCAUACAAACUGGCGGAAUUAUCAUCCUUCUACUGGCUCAAGAACGUUUUUAUUUCUAAUAAUUGACUAGAUGAUUGAAAGAGUAUUACUAGGUUUACCAAAAAAAUAGCUCCAUACUUGCUGAUGAUUACUCCCUCUAUUCUAAAUGUAGUGCACAUAAAAUUUCUUAGAAGUCAAACAUUGUUUAGUUUGACCAAGUUUAGUGAGAAAAUUAUCAACAAAAAUAAUACCAAAAUUUCUUUGAAUA